AUGCCCAAGAAAAUCUCAUUUAAGCCGCACUCAAUUCUAUGUUUGCCCACUAAAAAGAACCAAACGGCAUUAUCUAAUGUGUACAUGUUCUAUCUAAGUAUGAAUGGAUUAUUUAGAUACAGUUUGGAAGAUGAUUCAGUAGAAAACAUUCAACUGUUUGGUGAACAGAUAUUCUGUAUUAAGGAUGUUUUAUGCAUCCUAAACAGAAAUAUUCUGACUGUCUACUUUGAUUUGGUCACUAACAUCCUGAAUUACACGGUAGAAAGUAGAAUAAUUCAUAUCAGGCAAUCAGAGGAGUAUUUGCUGUUCAUUUGUGAGAAUUCACUAGAAUGUAUAAGAGUAGAGAGAAACAAGGCGACACAAAGCAGAAUAAGAAUAAGAAACAUACGGGAUGCAACAAUCAAAGACGAAUUCAUUUACAUAGUGACCGCUGAAGAAGUAUUCAGGGCAAACAAGAUACUAUUGAAUAAGGAAAAUGAGUACAAUUGUAUUGGGGAAGGAGACUUGAUAAAAAUAGAUGAAUUCUUAACAAUCAAGAAGACAAGGCUGAUUUAUUCAAAGGAUGUCAAAAGGUGCUACGUAUUCAACGAUAAUAUUGCAUUAUUGUUUAAAGAAGAACUGAUGGUUUACAAAAUGGAUAACGGCAAACUAAGAGAGAAAUUCAAGCUGAAACAGAGUACUGAGGUCUGGAAUAUUGAUCAGUAUGGAAUACUAAGUUCUAAAGAAGGACUGGUUGAUAUGAGCAAGGCGCCUACCAUGUUGUUGAGUGAUAAAAUAUAUUGCAGCAGCAAGAAUGGAUAUGUUGGAGAAAACAGGGUUUAUUAUGUGGAUGAAAUUAAGGGUGAAUACAGCAAUAGAAUCACUAUGGGAAAUGAGAGCAUUAGAGAAAUACGAAUUGAUAAGAACGAAAUUGUGGUGCCUGAAUACGCAAAGGAUGUGAAAGAGCUAUACAUCAAUUUUAAAUCUAAAAUUAACGAAUGGAACAAGAUACAUGAACAGAUAUCAAAGAAUGAUAGUAGAAAUAAAAUAGAGCAAGAAGUUAGAGAGUUACAGGAGAGCGUAGAGAAAGAGAUAGCAAAAUUGAACAAAAAGAAGGAAGUGGUAGAGAAAAGGAUCGGAAUCCUGAUGGAAAAGGCAGGUAAAAUAAAAAUGGAUACAAAAAGAAUGAGAGCAUUGAUGGAUGAAUUGGCAGGCAAACUGAAUAGAGCAAUGAAAAAGAACAUUUCAAAAUAUGUGGGGAAAUUGAAGAUGCAGAAAGCAGCAUUCUUGGAUAUGGUAGAAUGA